AUGCUGCACGGCCCACUUUUGGACUCGAACGAGAUUAAACAAAUGUACAAGGAGAUUGCUGUGUUGAAGACCAGUAUUCAUGAGAGAAAGCUAGUGGUUAAGAAUUUUUCUAAUAAAAUUGGGAAAAGAGUAGAAAGACAACGUCAUAUGAGAGUAGUUGUUGAGAAGGACUCCAACGGUAUACCGCAGCAGUUUGUCACUGUUUACUCAAGAACUGGAACUUCAUUGGUAAACAUGAGACUAUACAAACGGGAAGCGAUGCGGCUAACACAAGAAGGUACGUAUACAGAGGCAGAUGUUGAAAAUGUAGGCGUUAAAAACGCAGGUGUCAAAUGUGUAGGCGUUAAAAACGCAGAUGUUGAAGAAGCAAUUAUGAGACAAAUUAAGAUGAGAAUUUUUAGGAACAAGAGGUUAAAUGAUCACUGCGAUAGGGUCAGUAUCAAUAACGUGAAAUACAGUGUGGCUCAAAAUGGGAGGUUCCUUCUUCCCUUGGGUUAUAAUGGUACUAAUGAACAAGCAGUUGGUGAAAUAGUUUGGAACGGCGAAAUAUAUAGAAGGACAAAGGGUGGGAAUUACAAGAUACACGGUGAAAAGACGCCAAAAAUAAGAGAAGGAUGUAGGUACUUUACAAGAACAGGGAUAUGCAGUAAAGGUUUAAAAUGCAAGUAUUUACAUGAACAGUCAAAGGUUAAGAUUUGUUCCUUUUUCUUGAAUAACAAGUGCACAAUGCCCAACUGUUUAUUGUCGCAUACGCCAAAUAGCCACAAUACUCCGUUGUGCCGGUACAAUUUGGUUAAUAAAUGUCACAAUUCACAGUGUAAGUAUAUGCAUACUGUACCUGAAUACUAUGAUGACCCGAGAUACGAGAUCUGGACAUGUAGACCAUUUGCUUUGGGAUCAUGGUGUUCAAGAGGUAAGAACUGUCCUUUUCUACAUUUGUUGAAUUGUCCUGAUUUUGAGGAGGAUAACGUUUGUCCGAGGGGCCAUGAAUGCACGUUGAAUCAUGUAUUUACAUUAAGGACCCAGAAAUCAAUUAGCACGCGUUUUAAUGUAUAUAUCCGUGAAAAGAAAAAUGAAGAGGAGGAGGGGGAGGAGCAGGAGCAGGAGCAGGAGCAGGAGGGAAUGCAGGGGGUGCAGGGGGUGCAGAAGAAAGAGCAAGAGGAGAAGGAGGUUGUUCUGGUUCCGAAAAUCAUAAUCAAUAGCUAUAACGUUGAUCCGAGUAUGUUGUUCAUGUAUGAAAACACACAUGGAUUAAACCACUUUAUCGAUGAAAAGGGGACGCAAGCCAAUAAUGAAUAUGAGCCAGCGCCUUCUACGCAAUUAUUAAUUGAGGUUUCUUCUGAUUACUCUGACGAUGACGAGUAA